ACGCGGCCGCAGCCGCCUCCCACCCGCGGGAUCUGGGCGUCCGGCCGCCUGCUCCUGCGUCCGUCGGUCGGCGGGGCAGUCUGUCCGCGCACGGAAAGCCCAGCGCCCGGGCGCGCGGCGGCCGCGGGGCCUGGGAGCAAAAGGGCGCGGAGGCGGGACCGCGGCUCCCUCCCACUCCUGGGGGAGCCCGGGAAGCGGCGGUGCUGAAGCGCGAGCCGGGGAAGGAGGCAGAGCAGAGGAGAGGCGGUCGCGAGCACGAGUGGGGUGGGGCGUGCCCACGGGCCCCCGCCCCCCUCGGCCCCCAGCCCAGCUCCAGAGCAGCAGCCCCCGCCCGCCGACCGGGUGUCGCGCCGCGCCCCUCCCCCACGUGCGUCCUGCGACCCCCCCCAGGCCUGCCAGGACCGGGGCUGGAACGCCCCCUGCAGUCCGCAGGAGCCGUCGGGGGGCGGGGCGGGCGCGAGGCCAGGCGAGCAGCCCCGUGGGAGCCGGGCGCGGGGCAGGUCCGCCCCGGGGGCGCAGAGGGCAGGCUGGGAGCCGGGGUGGCAGGCCGUGCGCGGCCGGAAGGAGGACCGGAGACCUAGAGUAGGGGCGGCUGCCCCACUCCCUCACGGGAGCCGAGGGGACCACGGGAUUCACAGCAACGUUUGCUUCUCCCAUCAUCAGACUUGCUCUCCAGAGCAGCACCCCCUUUGCCUGAGACAGCUCUGGGGGGCAGGGGUCCUGGGAGCCUGGAACCCGCCUCACGCUCCUCCAACUGAGGCUUUGCCCGCCCCCCUCGACAGCCCUUGCCACCCCCUGGGGUGAGAGGAAGUUCGUUGCCUGCUGGCAGGCCCAGGAGGAGCUGGGCCCAGCCGUGGUGGGGACUGGCCCCUGAGGCAGCGGCGGCCAUGUCACGGCCCGGCCAGGGCGUGAUGGUGCCGGUGAACGGGCUGGGCUUCCCGCCGCAGAACGUGGCCCGGGUGGUGGUGUGGGAGUGGCUGAACGAGCACAGCCGCUGGCGGCCCUACACCGCCACCGUGUGCCACCACAUCGAGAACGUGCUCAAGGAGGAUGCCCGGGGCUCCGUGGUGCUGGGGCAGGUGGACGCUCAGCUGGUGCCCUACAUCAUCGACCUGCAGUCCAUGCACCAGUUCCGCCAGGACACAGGCACGAUGCGGCCGGUGCGGCGCAACUUCUACGACCCGUCGUCGGCGCCGGGCAAGGGCAUCGUAUGGGAGUGGGAGAACGACGGCGGCGCGUGGACGGCCUACGACAUGGACAUCUGCAUCACCAUCCAGAACGCCUACGAGAAGCAGCACCCGUGGCUCGACCUCUCGUCGCUCGGCUUCUGCUACCUCAUCUACUUCAACAGCAUGUCGCAGAUGAACCGCCAGACGCGCCGGCGCCGCCGCCUGCGCCGCCGCCUGGACCUCGCCUACCCGCUCACCGUCGGCUCCAUCCCCAAGUCACAGUCGUGGCCCGUGGGCGCCAGCUCGGGCCAGCCCUGCUCGUGCCAGCAGUGCCUGCUGGUCAACAGCACGCGCGCCGCCUCCAACGCCAUCCUGGCCUCGCAGCGCCGCAAGGCGCCCCCCGCGCCCCCGCCGCCGCCCCCGGGAGGGCCUCCGGGUGCGCUCUCCGUGCGCCCCAGCGCCACCUUCGCCGGCGCCGCGCUCUGGGCUGCGCCCGCCGUGGGCCCCACCGAGCUGGCGCCGCCCUCCGGGGCGUCCCCGAGGAGCCCGAGCGCCCCCGGCAGCGCGCUCACCCCCGGGCAGAACAACCUCAACCGGCCCGGGCCACCGCGUGCGGCCACCGUGAGCGCGCGAGCCUCCAUCCCGCCUGGAUACCCCUGGAGAGGAAGAGCACUGAGUGGCUGUGUGUCUGUGGUCCCCGCGCUCCCGGUGAAGAACUUGAAUGGUACCGGGCCCGUCCACCCGGCCCUGGCAGGGAUGACGGGGAUCCUGCUGUGCGCCGCCGGGCUGCCCGUGUGCCUGACGCGGGCCCCCAAGCCCAUCCUGCACCCGCCGCCCGUGAGCAAGAGCGACGUCAAGCCGGUGCCCGGGGUGCCCGGCGUGUGCCGCAAGACCAAGAAGAAGCACCUCAAGAAGAGUAAGAACCCCGAGGAUGUGGUUCGAAGGUACACGCAGAAGGUGAAGAACCCACCUGAUGAGGACUGCACCAUCUGCAUGGAGCGGCUGGUCACGGCGUCGGGGUAUGAGGGCGUCCUGCAGCACAAGGGCGUGCGGCCGGAGCUCGUGGGCCGCCUGGGCCGCUGCGGCCACGUGUACCACCUGCUGUGCCUCGUGGCCAUGUACUCCAACGGCAACAAGGAUGGCAGCCUACAGUGCCCCACUUGCAAGGCCAUCUAUGGGGAGAAGACGGGCACCCAGCCGCCCGGGAAGAUGGAGUUCCACCUCAUCCCCCACUCGCUGCCUGGCUUCGCUGACACCCAGACCAUCCGCAUCGUCUACGAUAUCCCCACGGGCAUCCAGGGCCCUGAGCACCCCAACCCUGGCAAGAAGUUCACCGCAAGAGGCUUCCCGCGGCACUGCUACCUGCCCAACAAUGAGAAAGGCCGGAAGGUCCUGAGGUUGCUCAUCACCGCCUGGGAGCGGAGACUCAUCUUCACCAUCGGCACUUCCAACACCACCGGCGAGUCUGACACUGUGGUGUGGAAUGAGAUCCACCACAAGACCGAGUUUGGAUCCAACCUUACAGGACACGGCUACCCAGACGCCAGCUACCUAGACAAUGUGCUGGCCGAGCUCACAGCCCAGGGCGUGUCCGAGGCUCCGGCCAAGGCCUGAGGCCCGAGGCUGCCCACCUUCCUUCCCUCCUGCUUUGCCCCUGGCCCAGCUCACGCCUCCCUCCCCCGGGGCGGAAGGCAAGAAUGAGAGUGUCCUGGUGGCCCAGGCUCAGGGCUGGUUAGGAGCCUGCGGAAAGAUCCAGAAGCAUUCAGGGGAUUUGGCCGGUGGCAGCUGGGAUUAUGGGAGGACGUCAGGCCAGCCAGCGCCGACCCAUAGCUCCCUGCGAGGGAUGUUUUAGGAAGUUCCAGAAACCACAGCGACCUCCCUACCAAAAAGACAGAUCCACCCCCUCACACACAAACAGUUGUGUCUUGUUGAACACAUGCACGCACACACAUGUGCCUCUACUUACCCCCAAACUGGGGGAGAAGACACAGAGGGCCCCCGUGACACCCCGUGUGGAUUCCCAUCUAUGUCUCUAUCCCAUCUGUACAGGCUUGUCUGCAAACAGCAGCCUUCAGGGCAAACCCUCGUGGGCUGCCAGGGCCCCUGGGGGAGAAGGGGGCCGGGGAAGCUCAGUCUCCCUCCCUUGUUUCACCUACCCUUGCAGCAUCACCCAUCUGUGCCACCCAGUGGUGGGCAACUCUGUGCCCCUGGGGUGGGAGCCCCAGUUUGUUGAGCAAUUUCACAAAGUGGGGGAUAGAGAGGGCAACUAGAGGGAUCUUUUGUGCUUGUGUCUUUUCAUCCUUCUGGGACUGUGACCUACUUCUCUCCCCUCUGACCCCCAGGCCGUAUGUCUGUCCCAGAUAAGGGCCCUCUUCUCCCUCCCUCCCCAUCCAUCUUCUUCACCAAAUCACUCCCAACUUUGAGAUCCAGAGGCUGGAGCUUCUGGCUUCUGCAGCGAGAUGAGAAGGCUUAGCGAAGAAGUGGUGAAGGGGCUUAGGCCAGCGCCUUUAAAAAGCAGAGCAGACAGCAAAGGGUCAAUUUUGCUCGCUCUCCGUGGGAGUGGGCAGUGGGUGGCUGAUAGUCUCCCCGGCCAACCAGGGGCCUGUUGCUCAGGCAACUCACCAGCUCCGCCUCUGUUGAUUGGCUGCCACGGUGGAAGUCAGCCAAGAUUUAAAGGGACCAGCAAUUGCUCUUUUGAAAAAGCUACCAGUCCCACUGUGGGUGGAGAAAUAAAUGGUCUUUCUCCUCA